CCCCCUCGGCCCCGAUCAGAAAGUGAAUCUGUGGGAAAUAGAAAAACGGUCCCUAGAAUGACAUAGAAGCGGGUGAGGUGGGGUAGACCGAGACACCGGGACUAACGCAAGACUCGACUCCUAUUUGGGUUCAUCCAGGUGCUAAACCUCGUUAUCUUUGGAAGGCAGAGAGCACCGGAGAAAAUGCUGAUUAAAGAAUUUCGAGUGAUCCUACCGAUUUCUGUGGAGGAGUAUCAGGUUGGACAGCUAUACUCAGUAGCGGAGGCCAGUAAGAACGAGACGGGUGGAGGAGAGGGUGUGGAGGUGUUGAAGAACGAACCCUAUGAGAAGGAUGGAGAGAAGGGACAGUACACACACAAAAUCUACCACCUGCAGAGUAAAGUCCCGUCAUUUGUACGAAUGCUUGCGCCAGCAUCAGCACUGAACAUUCACGAGAAAGCUUGGAACGCCUACCCAUACUGCCGCACAGUAAUUACUAAUGAGUAUAUGAAAGAAAACUUCCUCGUCAAGAUUGAGACGUGGCACAAACCUGACAUGGGACAGCAGGAAAAUGUUCACGGACUAGACCCAGACACCUGGAAGAAGGUGGAGGUGAUGUACAUUGACAUCGCAGACCGGAGUCAGGUGGAGCCAAAGGACUAUAAACCAGAGGAAGACCCCACUAAGUUUAAGUCUGCAAAGACUGGAAGAGGGCCGCUCGGUCCGGAUUGGAGGAAAGAGCUACCUAAAAAGACAGACUGCCCACACAUGUGUGCCUACAAACUGGUUACUGUCAAGUUCAAGUGGUGGGGCCUGCAAAACAAAGUGGAAAACUUUAUUCAAAAGCAAGAGAAGCGCUUGUUCACUAAUUUCCACCGGCAGCUGUUCUGUUGGAUUGAUAAAUGGAUCGAGCUGAACAUGGACGACAUCCGCAGAAUGGAGGAAGAGACCAGGAGGGAACUGGAUGAGAUGAGAGUGAAGGAUCCAGUGAAAGGCAUGGUGGCUCUUGAAGACUGAGGCUGCUCUGUGUUCCUGGAUGCUGCUGUUCAAAAAGUUUUUCUCAGAUCAGACCUGAACUUCUGGAGACCAGUAGCAUCUCUCUCCUCAAUCUCAUCAAACCAACAUGUCUUUUUAAUCGUGAUCGAAGUCCUUCAUCCAGUCCUUUUGUCCUGAGCAGCUUUCACAUCCUCCUUUCAGUCUGACAGUGGAGCACAUUGACUAGUUCAGUAGGCUUUUAUUCCGGUUCUAUCCUCAUGCCCAGUUUCUGAAGUCUGCCUACUUAAACAAAUACAGGGACGAUCAGCAGUUCGUCGUUUAUGAUGUCAGAUCAUUACCUUAACAUUUGGAGCUCGGCAGAAUGGAUUUAUUAGAUGAGUUUAAUGUAAAGCAGAUGAUAUUUGUGUGUAUAUAUUUUCAGAAUGUCUAUUGGCAGUGGAAUCCUUGUGACAGAUGUAUAAACAGGGUUUUGAAGUUAUUGUUCUCUGAAUAGUUUUCAGACCAAGCCGGUUUUCCUUGCUUUGUUUUAAUCUAUAGUGAUUUGUUUUUGUUGCUUUAUUUUAUUUUAUUUUACUAUUAUUUUUAUUUUUUUUUACCCACUUUUAAAUCUGUUUACCAGCUGAUCCAGGAUCUAAGUGUGUCUCUUUAUAGUGGAGUACUGGACAAUCACAGUCGUGUCAUCCGGAACAUUCAUUUAUUUGUGAGAUGAAUUUUGGAUUCAUUUUGGCUGGCAGCUGCUUAAUCACCUUAAAAUGUCAGACUGCAAGUACUGUUCAUAAUUUAAUGCGAGACAUAGUUUAUUAUGACUCAUUGAACAGUAUCACAUUCUUGAAAUAAGUUGAAGUUUAAAAGUGUUGUUUGUUAAUCAGUCAAUAUUAAUGUUGCAUUGUCAUCUCUUCCACAAUUUCAUUGUGUGUGCUAUUUUAGUCAAGUUAUUGUAUUGGUUUAUUUAUUUUUUUAUAAAAAAGACAGGUGUAUAGUAGGUGUAGCUCUCCCUCCCUUGGCUGUUUUUGAUUGGUUUACAAGAUCAGGCUCUGCCCUUUUCUUUAUUCAGUGGCUGACUGUCUUUAAAAAAACUUGAAGAGGCAACGCUAAACCUUUAGUCUUGACAUCUUUCAUAAAAGCUUCAUUCCUACUAUAGAAAAAGUUUUUUCCUGACUAUUUUGUUCGCUACCAGAUAAGGUGCUUAAGGAGGAUAUUUUACGUCAUGUCUCACCUCCUUUCUGAUUUGUUGAAGGAUUCAUUAUCGUACUUCCCCUUUUAUUACUUGUCUUGAGGAUAAAGACACAUUUAUCCAGAUGUUAGCAAUAAUACCUCCUUCCACAAACCCUUCCAAUCAACACACAUGUGAGAUAGUGACUUUAGUAGUGUAUAAUCCAUCCCCUCUCAGAAUGUUGCGUCAAUAGGACUUCAAUACAAAUAUACUCACUUCCAAUCGCUUCUUACCUGGAAUCAGGUAAGGAAGAUGAAAUGGGUUGAGGAUGGGGUUUUAAAUCAGUCUUUUCUUAGUAACGUGAUGUAUGGAUGUAUGUGCAUUUGAAGUUCUCAGUGUUUCUUGUUUUUUGCUCGAGGGAUAUCCGUCAUGUAACUGGAAUGGAGGUUUACACCCAUGUGUUUCUUUCAGCCAAUGCUCAGGACCCAUUGAUGCACACCUAAAUUCACUCUGACAAGAGUUCAAUUAUUCUUGUAGCAUUGCAUCGAAUUCUUUGAAAUUCAUAACAAUGCCAUUGAGUUCUUAAUAAGUGAAUGCAGGUUUUAUGGUGUAGACUGUGUUAAAACAUCUUUACUGUCAUAAUACAACCACCGAUACACCAGAACUGUGUUGGUCCUGAGUCUAAUCAAAGUGAUGUAUGGAUGUAUGUAUUGAAUUGUAUAUAAUAUAUAAAUAUAUGUAGAUUAACACAUAAAAACUAUAUAAAUAUAAUCCCGACUAUCCUGCCAGGAUAUCAGCACAUACAGCCUUCCAUCAACCUAACCAGAGUAAUUAUAUCUAGUGGUUUAAUAAUGGUUGGGUGUUAUCUGUGGGUGAAGUUACUAUUUUCUGGAAUGUGGGGAUUAUGGUGACCUAGGGAAUUAAAAACUAAAUCUGAACUGUUGAUUUGAAUAGUCUAUAAUGGAACUUUCAGAUAACUCCGCCCAUCACUGUCACUGGCCCCGCCCCUCCUCCCUGGCCACUCCUCUUUGGCAGGAUGGUGUCUAGAUAUGUUUUCAUUCAUCAAUUGUUGUGGUAUUUUUGCUGUGAGCCGUAGAAAUCUCUCACUUUUAAGUUCAUUUCAAAGCUUACACUGUGAACGUAGCCACGAACUUGAGAAAUGAGCCUUUCAAGGGGUUUUGGACAAGGUUGCCAUUCUUCUCUCAGGAGACUCGAGUGAAACUUGUCCUUGAUCAGUCCAAGCUGGUGUUUGAAUGACAGACAAGUGGCUUAUAAAAGGGAACUAUCCACAUGAACUGAUCAUCCACAGUGUGUGUUAUCAUGGUACCAUGGCAGAUCAUGGUAAACAGGACUUUCUCAUAGAUAUGUUGUUGUUAGAUUUCACAAUAUGUUUGUCGAAAUUAAAAACCCAGUGAUUAUAGAAAUACAUUA